GAAGCGGAAGUGGCAGCCCCGCCCCCUGAGUGGCCCGAGCGUCCAAGAUGGCGGCCGGCUGACUCUGGGCUCGUGUCCGACUCGCGCUCACAGUCACAGCCGAAGCCGAGCUGCCGUUCGGCGGACACGAGGCGCGGAUGCCUCGCGUGAACCGGACGGCGCUGCUGGCGCUGCUGGUGGCGAGCAGCUGCGUCUUCCUGCUCUUUCAGCUCCGUUACUACCGGAACUACGUCACCAAGGCUGGCCCGCGCAUCCCGGGACGCACGCCGGGUCACGUGACCGCCAGCCACCUCCAAUGGCAAAGCGUGAAGACGUUCCUGCGCCUGUCGCGGCGUUUCCGCCUGCCGCUGUUCCUGGCCGACCCCGCCGUUCUCGGGCCGCUGGAGCGCGAGCGGCCGCCGACGGAGGCUCGCUGCGGCUUCCUGUGCGGCGGGCGAGCCGUCACGUCCUUCGGGCUGCUGGCCGGCGCGCGGACGUACGACGCCGCCUUCCGAUUGGCCGCCGAGGAGAAAGGUUUCGAGGUGCUGGAGGUGCGAGGAGAAGACCCCCGAUUGGCCAGCUUAGACCUACUGUCCGGGGAGGACAUCCCCCUGCAUCUUGUGCUCCGCCUCCAUGGUUACUUCAUCCAGCUGGUGAUCCUGUACGAGCGUAGCGGCGACUACUUGUGGCACGGCCCGCUGCGCCUCAAAGCCGACGCCGACCGCGGCUUUGCGCCCUUCGCGCUGAUGGAGUUCGGGCGCCACGCCGGCGCCUACGACAGGCCGCGGCUGGUACUGACGGCGGUGGACGGCCUGGACGUCGCCGUCCCUCGGAACAUCUCCGACUUCCUGGCUCAGCAUCGGCGCGCUCGCUUCCUGGAGUGCCGCUACCGGGACGCGCGGCGCUUCCUGCAGCUCUACCCUGACGACUCGUCUCCCGAGGCGCUGGACUUUCGUAACAAAGCCAAGUCUUUGCUUCGGUUGGCCGCCAAAACGCUCGCACGUCUGGACGUCCCCUUCUGGAUCAGCAGCGGAACCUGCCUGGGCUGGUUCCGGCAAUGCGGCUUCAUCUCGUACAGCCGCGACGUGGACAUCGGGAUCUUCAUCGGCGACUUCCGCCCCGACGUCAUCACGGCCUUCCAGGACGUUGGCCUGUCACUCAAACACAAGUUCGGCAAGGUGGAGGACAGUCUGGAGUUGUCCUUCGUGAGGGACGGCGUCAAGCUGGACGUCUUCUUCUUCUAUCGGGACGGCCACCUGAGCUGGAACGGCGGCACGCAGGCCAAGAGUGGCAGAAAGUUCAAGUACACGUUCCCGCGCUUCUCGCUGUGCUGGGCCGAGCUGGCCGAGGUCCGAGUGGGAGUUCCGUGCGAGACGCUGGACUACGUGACGGCCAAUUACGGCGCCGCCGCGUGGCGCGUCCCGCAGAGGGCGUGGGACUGGAAGUCGUCGCCCAGCAACGUCCAAGAAAACGGGGUGUGGCCGCUCGAGCGCUGGGACGAACUUAUUCAAGUGUAUUGAACACUAAUGGAAAAAAAACAUGCUCCUGUUUUUCAAGUAAUAGGGAGAUGAAUUCACCAUUGGGCCAAUAUUCGGCUCUAGAAAAAAACUGAGACCAAAUAGAUUGUAAAGGAUCGUUUGUUGGUAUUUUGAUCAUUUUUUGCAAAUACAGUAGACGCUCUAAACCAGGGGGGGUCAAAGUGCGUUGUGUGGGCGCCCUCUAGUGGUAUGAUAAAGAAUAUUGAAUUAAAUGACGUUUUAAAAAAAAAAAAAAAAAAACUCUUUUCCUGCCAUGGACAAAUUCGUCAAUGACGAAAAACACGUCAACUACGUUUUGUUUUUCAAUUGCGGGGCUGAGAAGGGCCUGGCGCAGCUCCACUGGGACUUUGAAGAGUGGAAUCCUUUUUUUCUGCCAUACAAAUCACCAGCAGAUGGCAGCAGCGCCUCGGAUGAGCGAUCAGUCAAUAUCGGAAACAGGAAGUGAGGCAGAGUCGUGCUCAAACGGCGUAAAAGAGGUGAGAAACGUGGGGAAAAAAUGUCAAAAUCUAGACAUACAGACAGCUGACGAAGCAAAUAAAAAGGGGUAGUCAUCUCUGAUGGAUGACGACGGCAGAGCACAGUGGAAAAGGAAAGAUGACGCUGGAAAGUGGCAGAAGCUCGUCCGCGACGCUCACGGCGGAAACGAAGGAGGGAAGAGCCCCCCUCCCCUUCCCCCCCUCGAGUUGAGAAUACGAUCCUAUGGAUUGGGGAAGAACUGGAGAUAUUCAUAUAUCAUAAUUAUAUUAUUUUGUAUUGCGUUGAUGAAGUCGUUAUGUCGUGUAUGUAAACUCGUUAUUAGUAGCAACGUUCUCAUCGAAUUUUCGCGAGUUUCACGAGCGUAUGCGGAAACGAGGCGGGGCUAGCAAACAUCCGGGUAGUAUUCUCCUGACAGGUCAUGUGACGUGACGUCGGAUGGUGUCAGCUGACUGCGCCGCGCCAUUGAGAGACGUCCAGGCCGUGGCGUAGACGGAAAUACGCCCCACAUCAUUGAGGCACGGGAGACUGAAAGACGACCGACGUUGAGCUUCUCGAGGUCGUCUUUGGUCCACGAUGGCGAGUCAGUCUCAGGGCAUCCAGCAGCUGCUGCAGGCCGAGAAGAGAGCCGCGGAGAAGGUGGCCGAAGCCCGCAAACGU